AGUGCUGUGUACUACACCGCGUAUUGUCGGUAUCAACAAGUGUUUUUGUACGGAUUUCUCUUAUCUGCGCGCGUUAAGUAUUAAACAUCUCGCCAGAUUUAUAUAUGUAUACAAUACACGCAAUCGCUAUCGAUACACUGAGUACAGCCAUUAUCAUCAAUACGUUUUAAUUAAUUCUAAACUCAUCCGACGCACAGUUGACUCGCCGAAGUGCUCAGCAAACAGCGCGUUCAUUAUUAAUCGUAAUUAAAUAAAUAAUCGCUCGUUAAUAAUCAAAAUGGUGCUGUCGAAGCCACUUCGCAAUGCGUUCAUUUCGUAUUUGAGUAAUUUAUACGAAAAUCCAAUUCGUACCAAGGCGAUUACAUGCGCGGUUCUUUCAACCACAGGAAAUUUAGUGUCUCAGCUCAUCUCGGGCAACAAAAGCAUCAAUCAACAAAGUCUACUUGCCUACGGAUUGUAUGGGUUGAUUUUCGGUGGAACCAUCCCGCACUUCUACUACAAGUUCCUGGAACACCUCGUGCCUGAAGAGGCAUCACUGAUUUUCAUCAAAAAGCUGGUAAUUGAUCGUCUUUUAUUCACACCGUUGUAUCAAGCGUUCAGUUUGUACAUGCUCGCCCGAUUGGAGCACAAAACACACGACGAAGCGCUCGCACAAUUGUUUAAACUGUACUGGCCGAUUCUAUCUUCGAGCUGGAAGUAUUUGACAAUCUUACAGUUGAUUAACAUCACUGUGGUGCCACCUAUGUUGCGAGUGUUGACCAUGAACUUGGUCGGCUUUUUCUGGGUCAUUUACGUUGCGAAUGUGCGACGUGAAGCGCAACAGAAAAAGGGAAACAAAUCUGAUUAAUGAGAUUAUGAUGACUGGUUGUAGAUAGAUAAGUUUUUAAUUUUGUAUAGCUUUAUUAAUGAUGUACACAUGCUGAUCAGUUAUAUAAUCCAAAAAACGUUACAAUCACAUUGAACAUUUAUUGUUGAAUGUUGUUUGUUUUGGUUUAGCAGAGAGAGACUUUGUAAGUUUUCAUAUUUCAUGCAGUACAACAGGUGUGUGAUGAGUAAAUUGAUUAGUUUUUAUUUGUGGCGGCCAUUUUGUAUCAUUUCAAUAAAUAUACAUAUGUUUUAGGAG